AUGGAAAACAUAAAGUUAUUCAACCUCUAUCCAUACACAGAAGUAAAGGUAAGCGAUGAGACACUUGUUCCAUUUAUCAACGUGUCGGCACCAGGAAUAUUUCCUCAUACAUGCACCAAGAUUAACCUUGGCCGAUUUGGAAAGGCUAAGACAAGCAUUGUAGAGCGGUUUGCUGUCCAUCUUAUGCAACAUGGAAGAAACUCUGGAAAGAAAAGACUGGUUAUAAGACUGUUUAGAGAGGCCUGCGUCAUCAUGCAUAAACUGACCAAGGAGAACCCAGUUCAACUGCUUGUCGACGCAUGUAUAAAUGCGGGCCCAAGAGAGUCAUCGUCACGAGUGGGAAGAGGAGGAAAUAUGAAAAGAACGUCUGUAGAUGUUUCUCCUUACAGGAGAUUGAAUAUUGCACUGAGGCUUCUGGCUGAAGGCAUUAGGACCACAGCUUUCAAAAACAAGAAGACUAUGCCCGAGAUCAUUGCUAACGAGAUAAUGGCAGCAGCAAAGAACAGUCAGAACUCCUAUGCUGUCAAGAAAAAGGAGGAAAUUGAAAGAGUGGCCAAGUCUAAUCGUUAA